CUCCAUUAGCAUUUUUGCGUUCUAUAAAUCUGGGCACGACUCAUAUUUUUGUGUUCUGCUAGUCAUUUCACCGACAAUCAAGACUAAACACAUGCGGGAACGGGCCGUAACAACUUUUAGCUCAUACUUGCAAUUCCGGGAGUUCUUCGGCACGAUGACGUUCAAGUACGAGGUACCAGAAUUUUCAGAUGCAUAUAAGAAGCAUAUGCAGUAGGCUUAACAAGACUUCAUUCGUCGGAUUCAACCUCAAUAUUGUCCAUCAUGUUCUCCAUUCGUCCCCUAGCCACCCUGCUCCUAUCCGCUGCUUCCGCGAUUCCAUCUGUGGCUGCCCUUCCGGUAGGAGCCACGAACUUAACUACGGUAUCUGUGUAUGCGGAUGUACCGGGACCAAAGAACUUGGAAAACCUUGUUGUGCGCCGCAAUGGCGACAUGCUAGUCACCUCCAUCACAUCGCCGUCCAUCUUCCUCAUAUCACCGGACAACACCAAGGCGCCCGUUGCCGUCGCCGACGUACCCAACACUGUUGGACUUCUGGGUAUUGUUGAGCUGGAGGAGAAUGUCUUCUACGUUGUCGCGUCGAAUGAGACCUCGGGUCCUGAUUCCAACGAAGUGUGGAAAUUGAAUAUGCAACAAGGCUGUACCGCACAAAACGGAUCCGCUGCUGCUUCAGGCGACUUGUCACUCACUGCACGUAUCCCAACGGCGAAGCAACUGAACGGCUUGAUCAGGCUCGCAGACAACGACACUACAAAUGUCCUAAUCAGCGAUUCGUCUGCUGGAACCAUUACUCGUCUCAACGUUGAGACUGGAGCUUACGAGGUUGUAAUUGAGGAUGAGAGGUUUUUGCCCACUUCGAGCGGUAUUGGUGUCGGUCUCGAUGGCAUCCGUAUGUUCGAGGACCAGCUCUACUUCACCAGCCUGGAUCAGGGAUUUUUUGGCUCGGUUCCCAUCUCACUGUCAACGGGGACAGCCACAGGUCCCAUUGAUAUCAUUGUCAACGGUACCCUACUCGACGCGGACGACUUCGCCUUGUCCAGUGAUGGAUCGAAGGCUUAUAUUGCCGAGAACGGACAGAACGUCAUCGUCGAGGUGGAUAUCUCCUCCAAGACGAACCGCGUCCUGGUUAACAACACCCUGCUCGGUCGUACGUCCUCUGUUUACCUUGGGCAGACUCGUUCUGACUCAGAUUCGCUCUAUGUCACGGGUGCCAAAUUGAGCGCGAAUGGAACUGCCAUUGAGGGCCGUGUUCUCAAGGUCGCACUGUACUAGGUUCUCGACAGCACAACGGACCUUCGAGUCUAGCUGUCGCCCUGAGGUUGCUCAUUCAAAAACAAAACUCUGUAUAUACCCUGAAUAGGACUGUAGAAUGCUUACGCAACGAUACCAAUGAUUGAAAUUCAACUUGUC